AGGAGGGUAUAUAAGACAGUACAUCGUCUCUGUCGUCAGUGUCGCUGUGAGCUCACUGUUACAGCAACUGAACUAUUUCUCAUUCAGCAUGCAGGAUCACAAUCACAAACGGGCUCUUCUCGCCUGGUGCCUGCUGUUUUUGGUGCUUGUCCAGCAGGUGACCUGCAAUCCUGUGCCAAAGUCAGACACACCUUCAACUUCUGUAGAGAAAGUUGAAAGGUCACUAAAGAGAACAGCUCGAAUGACCCCAUUAUGGAGGAUCAUGGGCACUAAACCUCAUGGCGCCUACUGCCAGAACAACUAUGAGUGCUCGACAGGAAUAUGCAGGAAAGGCCACUGUUCCUACAGCCAACCGAUUCAUUCCUAAAAUGAAGACUCCUUCCUUCUCUGAUCUGACGUCUCUACACCAUCAUGCACAACGAAAGCUUGAUUCAGUGAGCAGCAGGAGGCAACUGAAUGUGCAAUGCAGUUAAUCAUCAGUUAGACAUAUAGUAAGCCACAAAUGAGGCAAUAGGUAAAGUUCUGAAGAUUGUGCUUAUCAUAAGGUACAUAACAUGUGGACUAUUUUAAGAGUGCAAUGAAAUCAACAUAAACCUCAUAAUCUACCUGCACAGUGAUAUUGCUAUAUACAAGAAGCAUUAUUAGUGGGAUUUGCAUGACAUUUUUGAUAAACAUAUUUCAGGUGGUAUUGGGAAGGUGAUACAGUAGGUGUUUUGGGCCAGUUUUCCUGAACCAGAUCAAGUCCAAUCCCUGUUCUGGAUGUCCAUAGAGCAGUAUAGAGAGAGUAUAGCUAGAGAGAGUAUAGCUUUUGGCACUAACAACUGAUCUUAGGACUAAAAUUAGUCCAAACCUGGAAACUGGUGUGUAGUAUUAGAUCAUGUUACUUGUAAGCUAAAUAUGUAAGUGUAGGCAAAUGUGUCUACUAGUGCCUUAGCUCAACCCAAAUGUCGUUGAACCAAAGAUAGUCUGGAGAAAAGGGACAGAGAAAGUGCAAAGGUUGCCAUUAUUGAUUGUGCCUAGCCUAUAUAUUAUUAACCAUUUGCCUCCAUUCUUUGCCUUUGUCUGCGUGCUCACAUUUUUUAUUUUUUUAUUUAAGACUCAUUUACCUGUCACUAUUUAUGUUGUUAUAUACAAGCGUCUCCACCUCAUCUCACAGAUCAGGAUUUACAAGCAUCGUUUCAAUAUGGGAUUACUUAUUUAUUGUAUUUCUCUUUUCAUUUUGUAUGACUCAACAGCUCUUUUUUAUGUAUCUCUAUAUAUCAAUAUAAGAUUUAUAAGUUAUAUUUACUGUACUGUAACUCUAUAUGUGCAUCUCCAUAUGAUUGAACUUUGGGGUUCUGAAAUAAAAACAUGUUCCGAGAAAAUG